GACGGGGAGGGGGAGGCUGGAGCCUGAUCCCCCGUCGGCCCGACACCCAGCCUGCUACCCGCCCCCCGGGCCCUCCCCGCGCUAACUCUCCGGGCGCCCGCGCCGGCCGCGGGCGGAGCUGGAUCGGCGGCUCUCCGAGCUCCCCGGCCCCCGCCCCUGCCCCUCCCUCCCCGGAGCCUCCAGCGGCCGCCGCCGUAGAGCCCCGCGCGGCGCGAGCAGCUGCCAAGGGGCCAAGGGAUGAGCGGGGGCCCUCCUUCCCAAUGGCAUCUCCCCCCAGCCUGGAACUGAAGACACUGCACAAUGGCCCCCAGAUCCCAAGGAGACCAGCCCCUCUGGGCCCGGUGGGCCCACCCAGGGAGGGUGUGGAGAAUGCCUGCUUUUCCUCAGAGGAGCGUGAGACCCAUUUCCAGAACCCUGGGGACACCAGACUGGGCAGCUCCCCCAGCCCCCCUGGGGGCGUCCCCUCACGACCCCGGUCCCAGCGGGACGAUCUAUCCCUGCAUUCAGAAGAGGGGCCAGGCCUGGAGCCCGUGAGCCGCCCGGUGGAUUAUGGCUUUGUUUCUGCUCUGGUUUUUCUGGUGAGUGGGAUCCUCCUGGUGGUGACUGCAUACGCCAUCCCCCGUGAGGCCCGCGUCAACCCUGACACGGUGACAGCGCGGGAGAUGGAACGACUCGAGAUGUACUAUGCCCGCCUGGGCUCCCACCUGGACAAGUGCAUCAUCGCGGGCCUGGGGCUGCUCACAGUGGGUGGCAUCCUCUUGUCAGUGCUGCUGAUGGUCUCCCUGUGCAAGGGCGAGCUGUACCGCCGGCCCACCUUCGUCCCUGGCAGGGGCUCCAGGAAGACCUAUGGCUCCAUUAACCUGCGCAUGAGACAGCUCAAUGGGGACGGGGGCCAGGCUCUGGUGGAGAACGAAGUCGUCCAGGUCUCAGAGACCAGCCACACCCUCCAGGGGUCUUAAGUAAGAGCUCACCCUGUCUGGCUGCUUCAGCUUCAGGGCUACAAGGCCCCCGAGAGCCUGGGGUUGCAGACUGAGCUCCACGGAGGGUCCUGCGGAAGCAGUCUUGGGUGCUGUGGGGAGAGUCCGGGGCCGGGCCCAGGCUGCACAUGUGAGAGCAGCCCCCCCCUCCCCCCGCCCCGAUGUGUUUGCAGCUUGAGGUUUUGCAUAAGGUUUGUUUGGAGGAUGGCUUCUGCUGCUAAAAAUACAAAAGUUUGGAAACCGCUGCCCUGGGAGGAUGAGGUUUCUUGGCAUUUCCAAGGAUCGAGAGCCCUUUGAAAGGCUGUCCAUACUGUUUCUCAUGCCUUGGGGAAUUCCUGGAGCUCUGCUGUCCUCAUCAGCCAAGUGCAGGUGCUGGGCGACCUUGGAGAGACCCCCCCCCCCCCUUUCAGCCCUGACCAUCUGUUGGGAGCUGGCUUCCCGAGGAAAGGAGAAAUCAACACCGAGGCGACCAUCCCCUCUCCAGGCCUCAGUCCCCCUGACUGUGAAUUGAGAGGGUCGGGCUGCAUGAUCCCUGGGGCCCCUCCAGUUCUGCCCUCGGAAUGGGAGCCCAGUAGAUACAGGAAAGGAGGGUGUGGGGCUGCUGCUCGCCAAUCUCCGCCAUUUUCUGGCCCGGCUUGGGUGGCUGCCGCUGUCCGACAUCUAGCCCCUCGCGUGGUCCCGAAUCCCCUGGUUAGGCUGGGUUGAAGUCCAAAGUUUGCUACAGCCCGAUUUUGGUCUUGGGAUCGAAUUACCUGCAGCGACCAGAUCGUCGCACACAUUUUACAAAGUCCAGUGCACCCCUGGACAAGAGCGGUCUUUCAUACAAAAAAGGGUGAGAGGCCUUUGUUGUAUUUCCGUGGACAGGAUGUGGGCUUCUGUCACCUCCCACUUCUCAAUGUUACGUCUCUGGUCCUGGACCUUAUCCUGGGAGCAGAAAAAAAAUUUUUUUUAGUGCUGAAUUUGUAACCUCCCUUCUUCCCCUUAGUGGUAAAGUGAGCCCCAAUGUAUUGGGGGAGAAAUCAGGCAUGUUCUGGUGGCCUCGCUCUAGCUGCAGUGACCACUGUUUGUUCCGUUUUUCUCGUGGGGUGUUUGCAGAGUCCCUCCAGACUCUAAACUACUGACGAGGAAAGGAAGUGAGCUCUAGGGGGUGGGGAGAUACAGGUGCUUGAGGCCCAGGGGUGGGGGAGGCAUCACCCAGUGUCACCGGUCCUAGAGGGCUUUGAGAGGACACGCCUUCUAGGUCAUUGACGUGAAGACUCUAAAGGGGUCAUUUCCAUGAGCCCCCUGACCCCAGGCAGGUCCUACCCACUCCAUCUCAGUUGGCCACGUGGGCCCUGGAUCCCAACUGUCUCUUGGGGGUGGGAGGGUGUGGUGGGAAUGGGGUCUGUAGGCUAGAGCAGCCCUGAUUAGCCGUAAUCUGAGCCUUCAGUCCUGGGAGCCAAACAUCUGGGAAAUGUAACAGCACAGCUUCUACGACAGAUCAAAUAUCUGCUCCUGCUGGCAGGUUUUGCCAGGAGCAGAGGGCUGGGGGAGGACUGGAGGGGACAAGGGCUGUUCAGCUUGGCCCGCUGGGCUCUGUUCCUGGUGUCAAAGGGGUGUGGUUUGAAAAGAACAAAGCCUCUAGCUGGUGAAAGAUUCACAAGUCAGGGCUUCCCUGAUGUGUCAAUUUCCCCUCCCCCCCCCCCCCAAACCCCCCCUGCCGCCCU